GCCAUAUACAAAUGUAUAAAUAUUCCUGAUAUCAAACUAAUAUUUCAAUAACAGUGCAUAAGUCGAACAGUUUCAGACCACAGCUCAUUGGAAUACCACUUGUCCAGGCAUAUUGAUUUUACUCUUCAAGAUGAACUCACUGCGAUUUCUAAUACUUCUGACGUUCAUUUUAUAUGAAACACAGUGUGCUCCAAGUAUAAAACCAUUAAAGUUUUUAAAGUCUUUAAUAUCAAAACAUUUGCUACCAACUACUGAACAGCCACUUUUGGAAGAAGAAAUAUACCCCGCAUAUAAAUGUGAAUCUGUUGAAGACGAUGCCAUUAAUGAUGCGGUCAUUGAGUGGAAUCGCCAAGUGUUUUAUGUUAAUGAAAAACCUAUUUUGAUAGAAGUUGGAAACGUUGGACAAAUUCAAAAUGAAAAUCAUAAUGAAGACCUCAUUGUAAAUCCAGAAAUUAAUCCCGAAGUGAACUGCGAAGAAAAUGCCGAAGUAAAUGUUAAAGGAAAUUUUGAAGAAAAUCUUAAAUUAAGUUCAGAAGAAGAACAUAAAAGUGUAUAUGAAAAAGAUUUAAACACACAAUUUUUGUUGGGCGAGAAUACAAGUGAAAAACAACCAGACACUUAUGUAAAUGUUGGUACACCUUCAAUCAAAGAUCAAAUUAUUAAUAAAAUCAACAUCAUCAAAUCGAAGUUAAAAUUUAAAAAUCGUCUAACCAUACCAAUCGAAGAGUUGAUUGAAGAAAACAAGAACAAUGUUGGGUUUACUUCGGAAAAUUCAAUCACCACUUUGGAAUCCAUAACUACAGGAAAACCCACUACUGUACAGCACAUCACCUCUGUACAACCAGUUACCACUGUAAAACCUGUUACUACUGUACAGCCAGUUACCACUGUAAAACCUAUUACCACUGUAAAACCUAUUACCACCGUACAACCUGUUACCACUGUACAACCUGUUACCAUGACACACCAAUACACCACAACUGUGCAGCCAUUCACUUCAGCACAAUACAGCACUACUGUAAAACCCUUAAGUUAUGCUCCCAACGUACAAGUAAAUUAUGAUAUAGAAUCUCAAGAACCAAUCAUUACAAUUCCCACUCAAAAUCAAAUACCUUUGCAACCACAACAAAUCUUCUACUCAGACUUAUAUUAUUCACCAUGGCUUAAUAACUGUCCACCACCUCUAUCUCACAGAAUUUGCUAUAGCCAAAACGAUUAUUACGCGCCAAGCCAAAAAUUCAUGAAUACAUUGAAUGCAAAUCAAUUUACCCUCGAUAACAUACCCUAUAACACACCCAACUACCAAAACCAAAAUAGUGACAAUGGUUUGACCAAAGUGAUAAACUAUAUCAAGAUCGAUGCAGCCCAACCUGUGAAUCCGAUCAAACCAAAUCAAGAUGAAUCGUGGAUCCGUUAUACGGAUGACGAUUCAAACCCCCUUUAUCAAAAUCCUAUAUCUUACUAUAUCUCUCCCCCAGCCAACUUGGAAUCACAGCCAGAAAUUGUAUUUCCUAGCUCCGAUAGUGUAUACUCAACGUCAACCAUGGAACCGAUCGCUGUGUAUCCCACUGAUGACAUUACAGUACCGAUUAGUAAAGUAGACCAAAUACAACCAGAAUACAAUUUGGACCAGAUCGUGGGACCCGCAACAGUAAACUCCAACGUUGAAGGUUCCCGUUCUCCGUUGAGGGGAGAUAUUCCAUUCGGUGAAGAUGUCAACCCUUAUUCCAAUAACGAUCGACUAGAAGGAGACAGUUCUGAAUACAUGUUGAAGGAACGCAGAAGCUUAGGUCACUACAAUAAUGAUGAAAAGCUGGUUUCCCAGAAAAAUAUUGUGAAUGUACCAUUUCCGGUAUCAGAAAUCUCUUUGGAUAAACCAGUAUUUGAACCGGCUGAAACUUUAACUCCGGUUAAUAAAAUAGAAAUUCCUGUAAUCACCGAAACCAAAACACCGAUCACUAAAAUCGAAACACCAAUCGUCAACAUUGAAAAACCUGUGCCCAAAAUUGAAACACCUGCUGUCACUUCAACCGAAAUACCACAUCUUCAAUCCAACAACGUCAACAUAGGUGUUUAAUAAUGUAACUCAUAGAUGCCAAAAUUAAAGUGAUUUAAUCAUUAAAUUCACUAUAUUUAAAUUAACUUAUUUAUUCUGACACAAUACUCAUUUGAAAAAAUUUAAGUACCUACCGUAAAUGUUAAUAUGUAUUAAACUAUUUUUAAUCUAAACGUUUUCAAGAUCAAAGUAGGUUAACGUUAAAUAUUGUUACUUUAGCAAGUUAGGCAAAUUUACAAUUACGAUGUAUUUAAUGUAUGAUUAUAUUAUAUAGUAAACGCAAUCCUAAGUUUAAAAUAGGCGCCAGAUUGAAAUGCCUCUGGGCCACACAAUAGAAACGCAUAAUACGCCAAUUUUUAUGAACAAUAGUUAUCGUACGUGAAAUACCUCUAAAAAUUCGUUACAGUCUGGCUGAUUGUAAAUUGGCCACUUUAAUUAUUAAAUGAUAUAUGUAUGUUCUUGUUACAUUGUAAAAUAAAAAAUUAUAAUUUGUUCGAUCAAUAUAAUAUAAUAUCUGAAAUAAUUACGUUUGUCCUUUCCAAAAAUGUAUGUUUAGAUGUAUGAAAAAGUUGUUCACCAUUAAUUUAUGACAUUGAAUUAUAACCACUAUAAUAUAUUGCAUAUAAAUUAAAGUAUUUAUAUUUAUCUAUUUUUGCAUC